UGCUGUGAGCACCAGGACUGUCCUCGCCAUGGGACCCAGCCAAGGCAUCUGCGGAGCCCCGCCCCUUGCAGGUUGGACCUUGAGGAGUGAGGCCCUGGCGAGAGGGAUGCGUGCCUGGCUCCUGGUCUGCACCUGGCUCGGCUUGGGGGUCCCGGUGCCAGGGGAACGAGGAGGGCCAGGGCCUGGAAGUUUCACCUGCUUCACCAACAACAUCCUCAGGAUUGACUGCCACUGGUCUGCCCCUGAGCUGGGCCGGGGCCCCAGCCCCUGGCUCCUCUUCACCAGGAACCACGAGCCGGGCAGCAAGCACAGGUGUGUCUUCAGGGCCAGCAUGUGCACCCUGGUGCUGCCGCCCGAGGAGAUUCUUGUGCCUUCCGACAUCUUUACCAUCACUCUGCACCGUCACAUCUCUGGGAAGGAGCGGGUCAGCCUGGUGGACCCGCAGUACCUGCCCCGGAGACAUGUGAAGCUGGACCCUCCCUCUGACUUUCAGAGCAACGUCAGCGCUGGCUCCUGUGUCCUGACCUGGAGUGUCAGCCCUGGCUUGGAGCCACUGGCCUCGCUGCUCAGCUACGAGCUGGCCUUCAAGAGGCAGGAAGAGGCUUGGGAGCGGGCCCGGCACAAGGAUCACAUCUUCGGGGUGACCUUGCUCAUCCUUGAAGCCGUGGAACUGGACCCUGGCUACGUCUAUGAGGCGAGGCUGCGCGUCCAGAUGGCCACCCCGGAGGGCCCCAUGGCCGAGGAGGAGCGCUACGAGGGCCCCUGGAGCGAGUGGAGCCAGCCCGUGUUCUUCGCCUCCCCUCGGCGGCAAGGUGCCCUGAUCACACCUGUGGGGCAGCCCAACAGCACCCUCAUCACCGUGUCCGUCUUUCUCCUGCUGACCAGCCUGACCUAUGUCCUGUUCAAGCUGUCACCCAGGGUGAAGAGGACCUUCUACCAGAACGUGCCCUCUCCAGUGGCGUUCUUCCAGCCCCUCUACAGCGUGCACAACGGGAACUUCCAGACCUGGACAGGUGUUCACAGAGCUGGCGUGCAGCUGAGCCAGGACCUUGCUGGGGCUGCAGCAGGAGCCUCGGAGCCCCGUGUCCGGGAGGCCAUCGAGUUGCUCACCUAUGACCCGGUGGAUCCUUGGCCCUUCGUGGGCCUGGAGGACGAGGGCACUGGCACUGGCCUCCCAGCAGAUGUGUUGCCAGCGGCCCUGGAGUGGGGAGGGCAGCCGCCUGCCUACCUGCCACAAGAGGAGUGGGUCGCCGCGAGCCCCGGCAGGCCAGCUCCGCCACAGGCAGAGGGCGGCAGUGCUGACUACUGUGCCCUGGGCUGUUAUGGGGGGUGCCACCCCUCGCCUUUCCCAGGGAUCACACAGAGCUCUGGACCCAUCCAGCUCUUGGCCUGUGACCUUCCCUGCCACCCGCAGAGCCUGGAUGUCAGGCAAGGAGGCAGCCACGUGGGAGCUGGUCGUGAUCAGAGGCCGGACCCUGGUGAAGAGGCUGCAUAGGGUCCUCCGGGGUGUUUCCCACCCUCCUAUCCUUGGCAGACAGUGGGCUCAGUCCUGAAAGUUCUGGAGCUCUGACUCGGCCAGCUGCAUCAAGUCCAUUUUGGGGAAAAUGGACUGAAGUCUCUGGAGCUGACCCUCCUGCAGAGAGCUGUUUAUGCAGUGGCCAGACACGCUGUCUGGAUGGAGGCAGAGGCCUCUGCACACAGCAUCCUGCCCACCAGCCGCCCCCACCCCCGCCA